GACUCGGGCUCCUCCAGCUUCUGCGGGGCUUGGCGCCGCCGCCCGUGAGCACCCAGGCCGGGACCCCACGUCCCCAGGCCAGCCCUGACCCCGGCGGCCCCUCCGGCGGGAUUCCUUUCCGAGGUGCUGGUGCCGGAAAGCGCUUUGUCGCGUCCGCCCCUCGGUGAUCAGCUCCAGGUCCCCCUGCUCGGCCCUGCGCGCCCCGAGCCCAGUCCCCGGAAGUGCGCGCCGGGGCCCCAGCGAAGAAGAGAAGAGGGAGAGUGGCCACAUUGAUUCAGCCAAGCACCUCCAGGAGGUCCCCUCUGGAUGUCCCAUGAGGCUACCCCUCAGCCACAACCCGGAGCACGUGGAGAUGGCUUUGCUCAGCAACAUCCUAGCGGCCUAUUCCUUUGUCUCAGAAAAUCCUGAGCGAGCAGCUUUGUACUUUGUUUCUGGCGUAUGCAUCGGGCUGGUGCUGACCCUGGCUGCUUUGGUGAUAAGGAUCUCUUGCCACACAGACUGCAGGCGGCGUCCCAAGAAGAAGUUCCUGCAGGACAGAGAGAGCAGCAGCGACAGCAGCGACACCGAGGACGGUAGUGAGGACACCGCGUCCGAUCUCUCCGUGCGGAGACACCGCCGCUUCGAGAGGACUUUGAACAAGAAUGUGUUCACCUCCGCGGAGGAGCUGGAGCGCGCCCAGCGGCUAGAGGAGCGCGAGCGCAUCAUUAGGGAGAUCUGGAUGAAUGGCCAGCCUGAGGUGCCCGGGACCAGGAGCCUGAACCGCUACUAUUAGGGAGCAGCAGGACCCCGGAAACCACUGGAGGCCGCCUGGAAGGGAGAGGAUCUGCAGGGACAGUGGGCACAAGGAACUGAACCCAGCUCUACUAAUAUUGUGAUUUCAGAGAAAAACCAGGACAUGCCCCUUUUCUAGCCAGGGGGAUUGCUCCUUUUUAGCCAAAUGUAUGGAGAAGUAGAAAAAUCAAAGCAGUUCAUCAAUCUUCCAGGUCUUGGAAUGGUGCUGAAAAACCCUCUCCAACACUGUGGAUGGAGAUCGGAGAAACGCGACUUUGGUUUCUCUUGAUUUCUGAGGAUCUCAGAAGUUUCUGCAGACUUCCUUGCUAUGUGUUAUUCCUUUGCAAAAGGAAAGAUCAUUAUAGCGUGAGGGCUGGGAACAGCAGGGUGAACUUAACCCAAUAAAUGCAAUUUCCUAAAUGACUCCAUGCUAUGGAGGUGAUUCGGAUUCAAAUAGCGUGAUCCAUGCUUAUUAUUUAAGGCUGAUUUUUAAAAUCUUGAUUUGCAAGGGCAACGCCGUCCAUUUUAACUGGCACCUCAGGGAUUAAAAUCCUAUUUUUUAGUAUACUUCCCAUCUCAUUCAUGAAAAAUGAAUAGAACUAUUGUAUUAUGGGAGAUGUGUCAGUGAACUAGAAAAUGUCAAUAACCUCAAAGGAUGAAGGGUUUUUAUUUUAAAUAGUUUAUAAAAUAUAUAUUGACAUGCAUAUUUGAAAAUGCUGCAUAAAAAUAAAAGUGGUGUGUUUUCCCCCUCUUUGGAGACAAGAAAAAUUUAUUAUGAUUCUAGAUAAUUGUGAUUUUAACCACUUUGUUUUUUUAAAAAAGUUUGGAUUUCAAAGAAAAGAAUGGAAAUGGGAAGUAAGGAUUAAAGCCAAAGUUAGGAUGGGAAUUAAAAAAAUAAACAUUACAUAAAAUCUU